UCAAGCUUACAUUCUGUGGCUAUUGGGCUCUGAUGGGAAGCCCAUCAAAGUAGCUGAAACUAAAUGCGCGGGAAAUAAUUAGAGUUGUGGAGGGAAAACGAGGCAUCACCGCUUUAUUUCGGCGCUGGAAAUACAAAGAGAUUGUUCGUCUUCCUCCUCUUCACAGCCCAAACACCGAGAGACGAGCACCAAACCAAUCGAGCGGGCUUCCACGCGCGCCACCUGUUCGACGAAAGGCGUCUGAGCGGGUGCUCGGCGGCCAUGGAAGAGCCGCCUGGCAAGAAAGGUCCGGCCAUGGACCCCGCGCAAGACUCGGGCAGGGACUGGCUCAGCGGCCUCCCCGAGGGGGUCCUCCACCGCAUCAUGUCGUUCCUGGACUCGCGCCAGGCCGUGCGGACGUGCGUGCUCUCGCGGCGCUGGCGCGACCUCUGGCGCUCCAUACCCCGCGUCCACGCCGACAUCUACGACUUCACCCCGGACGGGACCAUCGACGGCGAGGGAGAGGAGGACGUAGAGGAGGCCGAGGUGGUGGUGGUGUUCAACAGGUUCGUCAACCGGCUGCUGGAGCGACGCGAUCCCACCGCCUCAAUAGAGACGUUCUUCUUCAGAUGCUGCAUACCAGACGAAGACGACGAUGGAUCCGCAGACGCGAACAGGUGGAUUUCCUACGGUUUGCAGAAGAACGCCUGGUUUCUGGAGGUUGUCGUGCAGCUCAACUCAUUGGAGCUCGAUCGCUCGGUGUUCAAUUCAAUCUACCUGAGAAGAAUUGCCUUCGGCAAUGUUUUCAUGGACCAAGGUUUCUUCAAGCAACUCCAGAUUGGCUGUCCAGCAUUGGAACGUCUCUACUUAGAUGAUUGCAUCGUUGCGGAUGACGAGAUCUCCUCCAACACACUGAAGGUUUUGACCUUCGAUACUACUGAAUUCUGCUAUGAGCACAGGAUUUCUAUUUCUAUUCCGACCGUUACUACUUUAGCCCUGCGCAAUACUAUUUGCGGCAAGCCUGUACUAAAGGACGUGGCAUCACUAGUGAGCGCAUCAGUGGUACUUUAUUGUGUGGAAAGCGGCAAUUUCGAUGCUUAUGAUCUCCGCCACUAUCUCUGGAGCUUUUCUCACGUUAAAGAUUUGAUUUUCAGUUAUCAGGGGAGAAAGCUGACAAUUGAAAACAAUUUGCAAUGGUGUCCAAAAUUCUUCAAUCUUGUCGGCUUGACUCUGGGUAAAUGGUGUCUGAAUGCAAACUUCUAUGCACUAAUUGUCUUCCUUCAAAACUCACCAAGAUUGGAGAAACUGACUCUGAUACUCGCUGAGGAUAAUUGUAAAACAUCAGAAGUAUUCAUCGGUGAGCUUGAGGAAAAAUCAUUUACAUGUGAGCACCUUACGAGUGUUGAAAUGAAAUGCUGGGAGGAUGAUCCCCUGGUGAUCAACGUGGUUGACUUCUUUGUUGGUAGUGGAAUGUCUUCUUCUCAGAUUCAUAUCGAAUACGAAGACGACGAUGAGGAUCAAUUUCAUAUCGAAUCUGAUGACAUGUUUGGGUUUGAGUUCGAGUAUGAGGACGAGGACGAGGAUGAGGAUGAGGAUGAGGAUGAGUAAAGCUCACUCAGUCUAAGGACAUGAAACAUCAAAGCGGCACAUUCCAUCCAAAAGAUCGCUCUCUUCCGUCUUCCUCUGAUUCCAGUUGACUUCGAAAGCAGAGACAUGUUUACUGAUCUUCUUUGGAGCUAUGAUGUGAAGAAUCAUGUCUUUCGUUGCAUAUAAGCUCAGUCGUCUUUUGCUUGUUUGCUUCUGUGAUAUUCCAAGAACCAAGACUAUGUGCUACAUGUCUGAGUACUUCAUUAGGCCUUUAUAUAUGACGUGAUAUUAAAAUUCCAUAUCGUACUUCCACUUUCUA